AUGCCGUUGAUCAACGACCUCCUUGAAGACUUGGACAAGGCGCUCUGGUACUGUUCCCUCGAUAUGGCUAGUGGCUUCUGGGUGGUAUCAAUAUCCCCGCGAGCAAGGCUGGUGUCAGCGUUCAUCACACCGUUCGGGCUGUUUGAGUGGACGAGGAUGCCGUUCGGGUUAAUGAACGCUCCUCAGAUAUACGAACGAAUCGUCAACAAUGCAUUGUAUAGUCACAUGCGCAUCAAGCCCGAUCAGGAUAGGACGAACCCCGUGGACGUCUUCGAGGAAGGAGAGCCGGAGCCUAAGCCGUCAGUUCUCGGGCGGAGGUCGUAUGUGGACGACAUACUUGUGACCGGCGACUCGUGGGAUAGCAUGUGCAACCGUGUCGACAAACUGCUCGACGUCUGUGAUCGGUGGAACUUGUCGAUCAGCGUAGCCAAGAGCUACUGGGGUCGACGCAAGGUGGCGUAUCUAAGGCACGAGGUAUCCUCAGCUAGUCUGGAAGCGAACCCGAAGGAGCUCGACGCAAUCGCCAACCUCCCGUUCCUCACCAAGUUGAAGGCGAUGCAGUCAUUCCUCGGAAGCUUGAACUAUUACAGCCGCUUCAUUGUGGACGUCGCAGUCUACGCCGCGAUCUUGUACAGGCUACGAGAAGCAGACUUUCACGAAAUUGCCAAGUAG